AUGAUUUGGAAGGAGCGUCUGGUCCUCGAAAAAAGUCAGAGCUUCCCGGACCCUGCAUGCCGGCAAUCUGCCUUCUGCGUGCUGUUCGGGAGCCAUCUCGUCGCCGCACUGUACAGCCCUGUUCAGGAUUGCGACGAAGUCUUCAACUACUGGGAAGCGACGCACUACCUCAACCACGGCCACGGCUUCCAGACCUGGGAGUAUUCCCCCGCAUAUGCCAUCCGCUCCUGGACAUAUGCCGCCCUCCAUGCCCUCGUCACGCCACUUGCCACCUUCCUGCCUUCCGCUCCCCCAAAGCUCGCCCAAUUCUAUCUUCUCCGAAUCGUGCUCGGACUGGUCUGUGCCCUCUGCGAGACCCGACUGUUCUCCACCAUCACAUCGACUCUCAAUCCCCGCGUCGCCAUUUUCUACCUGUUCGUCACCAUCACCGCGCCGGGCAUGUACCAUGCCGCCACUGCAUACUUGCCUAGUGCCUUCGCCAUGUACUGUGUUGCUCUGGGUAUCGCUGCGUUCAUGGACUGGCGUGGCGGCUUGCGAACUGCUCAAGGAAUAUGGUGCUUUGGGAUUGGUGCAUGCAUUGGCUGGCCAUUCGCCGCAGCGAUGGCUUUGCCUUUCCUGGGAGAAGAACUGCUUCUGGCAUCUUUGAGCGACUGGGUCGGCAGGAAAGAGCUCUUCUGGCGCGUGGUCGAUGGAGUCGUGCGCACAUUGCUGGUGCUCAGUGUCCAGGUGGCAGUCGACUGCUUCUUCUACAAAAAGUUGACCAUCGUGCCGCUGAACAUGGUCUGGUACAACGUAUUCAGCUCCAGAGGACCACAUCUCUACGGAACUGAGCCCUGGCACUUCUACCUGCGUAAUCUCUUCCUCAACUUCCACCUCUGGCUCAUUUUGGCCCUCUUGUCCAUGCCACUGCUAUUUGCUCAGCACUUCCUGAAAGCCAAAGCUGCCACCAAGGCAAGCUAUCUGCGCGGCGCCAUCUUCCUCUCACCCUUCUACCUGUGGCUUGCCAUCUUCACCCUGCAGCCGCACAAGGAGGAACGUUUCAUGUACCCGGCAUACCCAGCCCUGGCACUGAACGCUGCUGUCGCCUUCCAUAUCAUCCUCGCCAAUCUGGGCUCGAACGAUGCGAAAGACUUUGUCGGCAAGAUCCCGGUCCAGCUGCGGCUGCUUGCAAUCAUUGCCUUCGUAACCUUGGCCACAGCACUUGCUGCCUUCCGGACCGUUGGCACCAUGACCGCCUACCAAGCACCGUUAUCGAUCUACGAGCCGCUACACCGGCCUGGAGUAUCGAAGCCUGGAGACCAGGUCUGUCUCGGCAAGGAAUGGUAUCGCUUUCCUUCACACUAUCUCCUCCCGGAAGGAGUGCGGGCCAAGUUCAUUCGAAGCGAGUUUAGAGGCCUCCUCCCUGGCGAGUUCUCUGAAGCUGGACAAGGCUUCGGUCUUUUUCCAGGUACCUGGCUUGUUCCCCCAGGCAUGAAUGAUGAAAAUCGCGAAGACCUUGGGAAGUACACGGAUCUCAAGCGCUGCAACUUCAUCGUCGAUGUCAAUCUGCCGAGUACGGAGACAACGACCGCUGAGCCCAACUUCCUUGCGGAUGAUCAGCACUGGGAGAAGGUGAAGUGCUUGCCAUUCCUGGAUGCAACCUCGACCAACUCGAUCGCGCGACUGGGCUGGAUCCCAGAUCUUCCUUUUGUACCACUCAAAUACAAGCCAGUCUAUGGAGACUACUGCUUGCUGAAGCGAAGAAAGCAGUCUGCAAGCGACACUAAGCAGCCACUUCCCAGCAUCGAGACAUUGCUCUGA